GAGCGGCCAACCUUUUAAGAUAGAAAAGAAAAGGUUGAGAGAACCAUCUCUUUCUCUGAAACCCUAAUACGGGACAAGGGAAUGCUCUCAAGUCCCAAAACCCCAACACAGAAAUUUUUAUCGACCGAUGCCGAUGCGUACGCCCUCUCUCUUCGGGUAAUAAAUUGAUGUUUAUUCUUUUCUGUACGUGUAUCCUUUUGCUCCGAGACAAAGCAAAAAGCAAGACGUAGCACUGUUUGGGUUGCAGAUCAGAGCCUUAAAGACGUGGGUACUUUUCUGAAAGCUUUCCUUCCAGAAACCAGAAAUAUCUCCCUUUUCCUUCUCUUCGCUCCAUACCUCUUUCUGUAGCCCCCUCUUAAAUGGUCAUGUGUAAGUAACUCGCCAAAGUCUCUCUGCCACACCCCCCACAUCUCUCUCACCUUUACGUCUUUCCAUUUUCCGCUCUCUCUCUCAUGGAUUCGGGUAACAGCGGCAGUAUGCAAUCCUCCAGCGGUGGUGACGAAGAUUACGAUUCACGCACCGAAUCCAUCUCCGCCUACUUGAACAACCCAUCCGCGCACGUCGGCCCCUUCGCCAGUUCUAAUCCACAGCCUCAGCUCAACCACAUCCAUAUGUUGGACCCUCUGUCGAAUUACUUCGAUCCCAAUCCCAACAGCAUCCAAAGAUCACCGUCGCUUUCGAAUCCCAACCCGCUCCUGAACCUGGAUAUGGCGUGGUCUAAACCCGGCAGAUCCGCGGAUCUUGGCGCCCUGAUGCCGCCUUCGUCGUCAGCACAGAACCAAGCUUUUGGGUUGAGUCAAUUGGGAGGUCAAAGCAGAGGCGGUGCGUUUCCCGCUUCACAGCAAAGUCUGCCUCAAGAAAGUUGUUCACGAGGAUUGCUUUCCGUGUCAGGCGCCACUGAUCAAGCCCACUCCAACAGCGCCAAUAGCAACACCGUUCGAAACCCAAAGAAGAGGUCUAGAGCUUCUAGGCGUGCACCCACCACUGUGCUCACUACGGAUACCACCAACUUCCGUGCCAUGGUUCAGGAGUUCACUGGAAUUCCGGCCCCUCCGUUCACUUCCUCUUCUUUCCCCAGAGCCCGUUUGGAUCUCUUUGGUUCUGCUGCUCCUUCUUCUGCUCUAAGAUCUCCCCAUUUGGACCCUCCCUUGCCUCCUUAUCUUCUCCGGCCUUUUCCCCACAAACUUCACUCCCCAAACCCCUUUUUGUCUUCUUCUUCUUCAGCUCCAAUGCAGUCAUUUCCGGCAACGUCCUCCAUGGUUGACCCCUUACCUUCUAAUCCCACUACUAAUUCUCCGACUUCCAUUAACUACCAACUGUCUUCUGAUUUGGGCCUUCUGAAGCAGCCUGCUCUCAACGUGAACAACAUGCACACCCCGAUUCUCAACUUCCAGUCCAUCCUCCAACCUCCACCUAAAUUCCCUACCCAGAAUUCUUCCUCCACUCUCGCCCCUAAAUCCCGAGGCUCUUUGGAAAUUCCGCCCUCUGCUGAUUCACAUCUCAAAAUGGGCGCCUUGGGGGAAUUGGGAUUGACCCACGCCCAUGUUAACGCCAACGUCGGCGGGCUUCAUCGAAACAUGGUUUCGCCAUCAUCGGACGGAGCAAUGACGAGGAGGAGGAGCAUGGGUGCUAACAACGGAGGAGAUGAUGGAUCGAUUGUGGGGUCUCUCGGCGGCCCCAACUACAGUAACACUGAGCGAGUCACGAACGGGACAGUAAAUUACUUGGCUUCUUCGGAUAAUUUUCAUGGAGAGAGAGGGCCGGAGUGUGCUGCUGCUGUGCCGAGAAGUGAAGGUAUGGUGGAAUCAUGGAUUAAUUGCUCAUCGGAUUAAUUAACAACAUCCACCGAAAGGAAACGAAUAAGAAUUAAUAUCUCAUCUGUUCAAUCUAAUGCAUGAAAGAGGGAAUCUCCGUAUUCUCAUCUUAACCAUCGACUUAAACAGUUUUUUUAAAUCUUUUUUUCUUUUUGGGUCCUUUGGGUCCCUUCAAAUUAUGUGUAAAUAAUAGCUGGCAGCUAGCUUUUUCCCUUCUUCCUCAUUUUUCUUCUAUAUAUCGCUCUUGAUUUUCAGCUAUGCUCUUGAUCAUAUACAUUCAUAUAUAUACUAAAGGAAUAUUGUGGUGGGUUUCGUA